UAAAGCCCACUGGGAGCCUGCAGAAGAGAAACAUUUUCAGCACUGCGCUCCACGGAGACAGAUCGAGUUUAGAUAGAGAUUUCUUUUCUGACAAUAUAAAAAUAGUCACAUGAUUGUUUUUUAAAUAAGACUUUGUCUGGUUGUAUAACCGAUUUAUUUCCAGAUAAGUGACAUUUCUAACGAAGGGUGUUAAAUCGUAGUGAGAUCAGAAAUUAUGGGUUCCGUGUUGCCCGCUGAAGCGCUGGCCCUGAAGGCUGGAUUUAAGCCGCACACACUGGCUCUGUCAGACAUCAUCACCUCAGACAUCCUGCACAGUUUCCUGUACGGUCGCUGGAGAAACGCGCUCGGAGAGCAUCUGUUCGAGGAGAAGAGCAGCGCCGCGGGACCCAAAACGGCCUUUACCGCAGAGGUGCUGGCGCAGUCCUUCUCCGGAGAGGUGCAAAAGUUGUCAAGCCUUGUGUUGCCCAGUGAGGUGAUCAUCGCACAGAGCUCUAUUCCUGGUGAAGGUCUUGGCAUCUUCUCCAAGACAUGGAUCAAGGCAGGCACUGAGAUGGGACCCUUCACUGGCAGGGUCAUUGCACCUGAACAUGUAGACCUCUUUAAGAACAACAACUUAAUGUGGGAGGUUUUCAAUGAGGACGGGACAGUGCGCUACUUCAUUGAUGCUAGUCAAGAGGACCAUCGCAGCUGGAUGACCUACAUCAAAUGUGCUCGGAACGAGCAAGAGCAGAACCUAGAGGUGGUGCAGAUUGGAAGCAGCAUAUUCUACAAAGCAGUAGAGACAAUACCACCAGAUCAGGAACUGCUGGUAUGGUAUGGAAAUUCCCACAACACAUUUUUAGGUAUUCCUGGGGUUCCUGGCAUAGACGAUGAACAUCAGAAAAAGCAUAAAAAUGACGACUUCCACGUGUGUGACACCUCGUCGUCCAACACAGCCCUGGCCACGGCGGGCCGCAUGCGCUGCGUGAUCUGCCACCGCGGCUUCAAUUCACGCAGCAAUCUGCGCUCACACAUGCGCAUCCACACACUAGACAAGCCCUUCGUCUGUCGCUUCUGCAACCGCCGGUUCAGUCAGUCAUCCACGCUGCGCAACCACGUGCGCCUGCACACCGGCGAGCGCCCCUACAAGUGCCACGUGUGCCAGAGCGCCUACUCACAGCUGGCAGGUCUGCGUGCGCACCAGAAAAGCGCAAGGCACCGUCCUCCCAGUGCCGGGCCCGUGGUGGGGCUGCAGACCCCCUCACCUCCUCCUCCUCCUCAGAUGGCAGCGGUGCCUCACCCGGCCUCGCUGGUGCACCACAUACCCACCAUGGUGCUAUGAGCUGUGAAAGUGUCCCUCUGCUUUCAGACUUUACAGCCUCAUAGAGCACAUAACGCUUUCUGAAGUUGCACAUCCUCUUAGUGGAUGCUGUGUCGUUCAUGCUCUUGGUUGUGUGCUGGAGACUCGGUGUACUCGAUGCACGGGGCUGAACAGCUCAAGUUAUGACAGUACUGACAUGUGCAAGAGAGUGUGGGUUUUGUACGCUUAUUGUGUUGAAUUCUCCGAGGCAGAAAUAGCAGAAGAUGCCGAGUAGAAGCCUUCAGUCUACUGAUAUCUGUUAUAUGUGGCUCCUCCAAGAGCAAGCAAUGUCAAUGAGAUGGUCAGUCAACGUGUUUAAUCGAUUAAAUCUUGCAUGCAAAAUUGUUCCAGUGUAAAAAGGAGUGCCAGCAUGCUAUAAUGCCCUACAAUAAUUAGGUGACAGAAAAAUAGUCACAAUAUUUUUUGUCAUAAAACUUCAAAGAAUGCACAUUAAGGGUGCCGUUGUGUAUCAGUGAAUAUGAGGACGGUCUGAAACCAAGAGAUUUUUAAGCCUCACUGUCUCCACCUACUGACCUGCAUGUCGCCUCUAGAGAGUAAAAUUCGGGAGCACAAAAUUGUAAAAUAUCUGUGUAAGGUUUGUAAAGUAAUGUGAAUAUAAUUUUAAAAUCUACUACUUCUGCAAUUUACUGAACAGUCACUUUAUUUGUGUAUGUAUGUAAAACGUAAAUAAGAAUAAUUGGCUAUAUUAUAUUAUGUACUUUUGUUUUCUGAAAUAAACUCUUUGAA